CACCCGGGCCAUUAAUCCAAUUCCCCUCAGUGGGCUGAUAGUGGCAGGUGAUAAAUAGCCAAUUGUAGGUCAGAUCAAAGACCGCGUGAUCAUUGUUUUCCUCUGUUUUUUGUUGUUGUCCGUGGAUUAAAACUGUCGAGUCGAAUGACCCCCAACACAUACCGAGAAGCUUGUUGUGAACCGUGUUUACAUGUUCGUUUGAUUUCGCUGUUACGAGAGUCAAUGAAUUCUUCAGAUUUCCACCAACCGUCAUCAAGAAACUGCUUCAUGAAGGAAUAAACAAAUGAAAGCUGCCUUCCAAGACCAAGAGGGAUGUCUCUGAGAUGUGUUCCAGAUUCUUGUGUGCUCAAAGUAAGCAGAGCAGCGAACUUCUGGCAUACACAAGGUCAACGAGCAGCAUCACUUCCAUUGUCUUCUCAACAACACCCUCCUUGUAGGUUUGAUGUCCGAGCAGGCCUGAGCCACAAAGUUGGCUUUCUCAGCUGGAAGUAUACCCACAGCACAAAAAGUAGAAUUCGCAAUAAGAUAUGGCUCUCCAGAGCUAGUCAGAUAAGACACAGGCUUGGCCUCCACACCAGCAUCUACUACUUAAAUACAUCCACCUCACGCUGGUCCACUGGUCUCAGCCACACCAUGUCGCGCUUCAGGAGCACCCUGGACUCCGUCUCCAAGGCGGUGAGCGGGUCACACGCUGAGCUCCUCUCCAAGAUAGCCCGGCUCAAAGCCAAACCCAAACAGAACGCCAUUGAGGCUGGCAAAGUGUUGGAAGCCAACCCGGAGAUGGGGCUAACACCACAGGGUCAUGGUACUGUAGGGUACCCAGCUCUAACCCCAGCCCCAGUUCCUGCCUAUACCUCCGCUAACACCACUGUUAAUGCACCUCCUCCAAUCCCUGCCUCGGUGUCUGCCCCUAGUCCUCCACCUACUACAGCCACUGCUUCUACACCCACACCUACUCUAUCUCCAACACUUACACCUACUCCAUAUCUUACACCUGGCCCUACUCCUGGCAUUACCGCCAGCGCCCCUCCCAUUGCCACCCCUCGCCCCAACAUUGCCAGGGCAAAUGCUGCUGUCUCAGGCCCCAGUAUCCAGGAAGUCAGACAGAGGAGGGUGCAGCGUGCAGCCACAGCAUCCAUUGUCCCAACCGCUGUGGCCACCAACGGGACCUCCAACGGGACCACCAAAAGGCUGGAGCAGGUCAGAUCACCACUACCAACAGAUAGUAGUGUACCUGAGAGAGCCACCACCACAGUCUCCCAACAGACCACAACACAACUCUUCCAUCCCAGCUCCUUCUCAGUUAACCUGGAUGAGACCUACAACUACCUGUCCCACCACGUGAACUCGUACUUCAGCAACAUAACAAAGUCUGAUGAGGAUAAAGAGCAUAACACAGACCGUGGUUCCACUGACCUCCUGCCGAUGUCAGACAAAACGUCCCCAGGGUCUGCUGCACCCGUAGUUCCCCAUCUUCUAAAAAAGGGUAUCGGCCGUUACCUAUCCUACUCUGGUGACACUGUACAGGCCUUUGUAGGGAGCUACAUUGCUCCCCUGGUCCCCAGGUUUAGCAGGGCAGCUGCUGAACCCAAGAGUGCUGCUGUAGAGCAGAAGAGGCUGAAGGCAGAAGAGGCAGGGGCAAAGCCAUGGCAAGGAGAGGUGGCGGUGAACACGGAACAGAAGGCUGCUGAGGAGAGGGCCAAGAGACUGCUGCUCCAAAGAGAGAAGAUCAUAGCUAGGGUGAGCGUGGACAACCGGACCCGGUCCCUGGUGAAGGCGUUAAACCGAGCGUCUGAUGUCAGGGUCUACAUCAACAGAGUGGAGGAGCUCAGCUUUCAUCUACUGGAGUUUCCAGAGACCCGCGGGGUGGCUGUCAAGGAGAAGGCGAUCCCGUGCCUACUGCGUCUCCGCCAGGCUGAGGACCCGUCUCUGAAGGCAGCAGUCAGGGAGGCCCUCACGCUGGUGGGAUACACCAACCCUGUCAAGGGCCAGGGAAUCAGGGUCCUGUCCAUCGACGGAGGGGAACCAGGUACAGUAGUGGGACUGAUUGCCCUUCAGACUCUGCAGAAACUGGAAGCCCUGACGGGAAAACCCAUCUACCAACUGUUUGAUUACAUCUGUGGUGUCAGCACAGGUUCCAUCCUGGGCUUCAUGCUGGGUGUGUUCCAGAUCCCUCUAAAUGAGUGUGAGGUGCUCUACAGGAAGCUGGGUUCUGACGUCUUCAAGCAGAACGUCAUCGUAGGAACCGUCAAGAUGGGCUGGAGCCACGCCUUCUACGACUCCGAGACCUGGGAGAACAUUCUCAAAGAAAAAAUGGGCUCUGAUCUGAUGGUGGAAACAUCAAGAAACCCCAAAUGCCCAAAGAUGGCAGCAGUGAGUACCAUUGUGAACAGGGGCACUCCUCUGAAGGCCUAUGUGUUCAGGAACUAUAACCUUCAGCCAGGGGUGCGCUCCCACUACCUGGGGGGCUGUGAACACAAGCUGUGGCAGGCCGUCCGAGCGUCCUCCGCUGCCCCAGGGUACUUCCAGGAGUUUGCCCUGGGACACGACCUUCACCAGGAUGGAGGUCUCCUCAUCAACAACCCCACAGCGUUGGCCAUCCAUGAGUGUAAAUGCCUGUGGCCCAAUACGCCGGUCCAGUGUGUGGUGUCACUGGGUACAGGCCGCGUGGAGACAGCUGGCAAAAACAACACCACGUACACCAGCCUCAAGACCAAGCUCACCAACGUCAUCAGCUCUGCCACCGACACAGAGGAAGUCCACAUCAUGCUCGAUGCCCUCCUUCCACCCGACUCGUACUUCCGCUUCAACCCUUAUAUAAACGAGGACAUCGCCCUGGAUGAGAGCCGUGGUGAGAAGCUGAACCUGCUGCAGGCCGAGGGCCUGCGCUAUCUGGACCGGAACCAGGAGAAGCUGCAGAAAGCUGCCCGGAUACUCACCAGGGACAAGACCACCGUCCAGAGGCUGACUGAGUGGGCCAAGCUCAAACGUGACAUGUACGAUGGUAUUCCCAUCUUCAACUCCAAGCUGUAGGGGAGUAGGUCCCAGGCUCCACCACCACACAAUACUAACUUCACCUAAAACUGGACUCUCUCCUAACACUGAAUCCAUACAUAGAGUAAUAGAAUCUAUAUGUUAGUCUCUGUGGUUGUAGACGGUGUAUUUUAAAUUGGUAGAAUACGUUUACUGAUGUGUUUUUACUGCACCCAUCUACGUGUUACUGCACCCAUCUACGUGUUACUGCACCCAUUUAUGUGUUACUGCACCCAUCUACGUGUUACUGCACCCAUCUACGUGUUACUGCACCCAUCUACGUGUUACUGCACCCAUCUACGUGUGACUGCACCCAUUUGACAGUGACUGUUUGCAUGCUCUGGCAGCACUUGGAGGGGAGGGGGUGAGAGAGAGGGGUCUGGCAACACUUGAGGGGGAGAGAGAGAGGUCUGUCAACACUUGGAGGGGAGUGG